GAGUAUUCUUUAUCUCUCUCUCUAUUCACUACAUCCAAAUUGAGCUGGCAAUUGUCAUCAUAUUUCAAUUUUUAUUGUAUAUAUACGGAUGGUGGAGGCACGGAAUUGCCUCAUCUUCUCCAUCCAUCUUCUUCCCUUUCCUUGCCUUAUCUUCUCGAUCAUCUUCUUCCCUUUCCUUCUAAUCUCAAUGGGGAAUUGUUUUUCCAGAAAUCAUCCAAGAACAAGAGAUGACGAAUCCAACGGUCAUAAGGAGCAUUUCCAAGCUGCAAUGUCUCACACCUCGGUGAUGGGAAUGUUUAUCCAAGAUGGGACUGUCGUGGGGACUGAUUCAAGACUCACCGGGGUGAUUAACCGAACACCCUUCAUAUUACGCGGAAAUCCAUCACUGAAAUUGAUGCGGCACAAAGGAUUCGCUAGUGCCAUUAGCGGAUGGUGGGAUGAAGGAUGUGUAAGAAUUCACGAACACAUAGAAGAAAAAUACCGAGAGUAUGCAAAUCGAUUCCCCAGAAGAGCGAGAGUUGAUGUGAUCAAUAAAGCUGUUACUUGGGCGGUGGAAAUCAUCCGAAGCUUGGGUGAUCGUACACUCUUCGAGUACAGUCAAUUUGGGGGCUUGGGAGCGGGAUUCGUGGCAAGCAGAUGAAGUCGAGAUAGAACUCCCGUGGGAUGACUCUUAGUUCACAGCGGUAGAAAUUGAGCGGCGAUCUGUGCGGCGGCGGAGGAGAUGAAUAAAGGUGUGUGCCGAUCUGUGCGGCGAGAGGGGUAAGGCCGGGCGGCUAACUGUGCGGCGGCGGUGGAGAAAGGGCGGCCAAGGGAGAUUAGGGUUAGAACUCGUGCUGAUAACGUGUUGAAGGGAGACUCUCUUCUCUUACUUUUUCAUUGCCCAACGUCUCUAUAUAUGAGACGGGAUUAGGGUUUAUAGUUAAAGCCCAAUGGGCCCACAAUAUAUAAACUACAAAGUA